AUUCAGUCAGUCCACCAGUCGCCGGCCGGUCGCGCACACAGUCGCUCAGUCGCUCGCACGGCUCGCACGGCUCGCACGCACGCAUCACCGCGCACCGUGAGCCCUCCAGCCCGGCGCCCGCCAGGUCACACACACCACGCUGAGUGCAUCCGCGCCUGUCACUUCAAACUUCACACCACAGUGAGCGUGAGCAUGGAGAAGCUGCCCAAGAGCGCCUUGGUGACGGUGAUGCAGCAUCUGACCGCGACGGACCUGCUGACCUGCCGCCUCGUGAGCAAGAGCCUCGGCGCCCUCGCCCUGCAGCCCGAGGUGUGGCGUCACCAGGAGGUCGCCGCCGUCAGGGGCGGCAGGCGCGAGCCCUGCUUGUGCGCGGUGCUGCGCGUGGCGCCGUGCCUGGGCGAGGUCGUCGUCAAUGAAACCUUCCGCAAGCCGCACAUCCGGGCGCUCUCCAGGACCAAGUGCCCCGUGGCCGUGGUGGUGAUCCACCUGUACCAGGACACGCGCAACGCCCGCGAGGCCGCCCAGGUGAUCCGCAACCAGCAGGCGCUCGGCCGCCUGCGCCGGGUCGAGCUCAAGUGCAACGUCAACCUCGGCCGGCUGAGCGGCGUCGACAAGCUGAUCAGGACGCUCCUGGCGGCCACCUCCGCCCUGGAGGAGCUCGUCGUCACGGGCGGCGUGCCCUACACGCUGUGCCCGAUCGAGCCCGUCCCGCACGGCCCGUCCCUGAAGCGGUUCACGUUCUCAAGUAGUCCGGGCAACCCAUUGUCAAGGCCCCUGGUGGAGGCCGUGCUGGCCGGCCACGCGGACACCCUGGAGGAGGUCGACCUCGGCUUCAGCGGUGAAGCCCCAAUCUCGGCCUCGACGUCUCGCCUGCUGGCCAAGGUCACCAACCUCCGGAAGCUCAAGUGUCAGAUGAUGCAAGGAAUGGAGGCCGUGGCGGCGUGCGAGAAGCUGACGGACUUGUCGAUCCUGGCGUAUUCGGACCAGUGCCACCGGGGAGCGGUGAAGUUCAUCACUCAAGCCCAGCAGCUGACCAGGGUCAACCUGGACUACCGCGACCUCGAGGGCAACCCGGUCAUCGGCAAGGCCCUGGGCCAAGCCCUGGUCACGUCCCGCUCCCGGGCUCGCCUGGAGGAGCUGUCCAUCGGCUGCCUGUCCCUGCCGACGCCGCUGUCCCCGCUUCCUGCCCUGCAGCAGCUGAAUAUCAUGUACCCACCGAAGGACGGCGACGAGCUGCGCCUGCUGCUCGCAGUCACCCCCGCCACGGCCCCCGCCCUGCGCAAGCUCGUCCUCCAGGUAGACUUCUGGCGGAAGUGCGCCCACAGCUGGAUGCACAACGACGCGGUCCAGAAGGCCCUCGCGCUCAACCCCUCGCUCCACAUCCAGGUAGGAGUGUACGACGCAGCCCAACUUCGCAACAAAGUGGUCGCCGUGGAGGGCACGAGCAUGGAGCAUCUACCGACCGAGCUGCUGGAGAAGGUGAUGGGGCAUCUGGCCGUGAGGGACCUGCUGGCCCUCCGCCUCGUGUGCAAGAGGCUCGGCGACGUGGCCGUGCGGCCCAGAGUGUGGCGGCACCGGCGGCUCGACCUGGCCUCCGCGCCCGCCAAGCCGUGCGCGUGCGUGGUGCUGCGCGUGGCGCCGCGUCUGCGCAGGAUGCAGCUGUACGCGGGGAGCGACAAGUACCACACCCGGGCGCUCGUCGAGACCAACUGCGCCGUGGACGAGGUGGUGCUGCACCUGUGCCAGCAAGAGUGGCAGGACACCCAGCAG